AUGGUGUCGGCUCGCCGGGCAGAAACGCGGUGGGUGACGCGCAUCAUUCCGCUCAUUCUUGGUGGCUGCGUUGGCUUCGCUACCUAUAUCAUCGUGAAGCACAUUUGCGUGGAUUUCUUCCUGUCCGACCGAAAGCAAAGAGGCGCCGCCAUCGUUUUCCUUGUCCUGUACUUCGCUUUUCUUCUACUUGCGCUCCUGACAUAUCUCCGAGUAUUCAUUGUUAUUCAACUCAACCCCGGCGUGACGCCCCUCGGGCCACGGGCUGCGGAACACAAAGCAAACGCCAAGAGCCGCAGUCGACGGGAACGAGACCUCGAGGCAGGCAGCCGAUAUGAGGCGCGGCCCGAUGAUAAUCCCGACAGCCCCGGCCUCGAACAGUUCUACAGCAAGGACGUCUUUGUGUGCGAGACGGACGGGCGGCCGCGAUGGUGCAGCACUUGUUGCAACUGGAAGAUCGACCGGGCUCACCACUGCAGUGAGAUUGAACGAUGUGUCAAGAAGAUGGACCAUUACUGCCCCUGGGUCGGUGGUAUUGUUGCCGAGACAUCUUUCAAGUUUUUCGUGCAGUUCACGUUUUACACGUCGCUAUACUGCGCCGUCGUGAUCGUUGCUGCAAUCAUCUGUUUGGUGUCCAAAGUGCGCAGGGGAGAUGGUGCUGAUGGGCUUGCCGUUGCCGCCUUGGUACUCGGCGCCUUCUUUGGCCUCUUCACUCUAACUAUGACGCUCUCGUCGGUACGCUACAUCCUUAUCAACCUGACGACAGUCGAUUAUGUGAAGUCCAAGAACGUCGUGCACCAGCUCGCCAUACGAGUACCGCGAGGCACACCCCCAGGUCAGAACUACAACGUCAUCACGUACCCCCUGCCGACAUCCACGAGUACGUCAGAUGUUUCGGGACAAACGGCCUCUCAUGAGCUUUCCGCCCGGGAUCAACUGGCAACACGCACGUUCGCCAUCGUCAAGACUGAGAUGGGCGAGAAUCCCUGGGACCUUGGCUACUAUCGCAACUGGAGAUCCGUCAUGGGGGACAACAUCAUUGACUGGCUGCUUCCUUUCAACGAGUCCCCUUGCGCUAAGUACGAGAACAACGAGAGCUUCUACGAGAUGGGCCCCUUGUACCAGCGGCUGCGGGUCCGGUAUGGGCUCCCAGACGUGUCGACCGAGGAAACGAGGGUGGAGAUGACCGAGACGGAAAGACGGCAGAAGCAUGGGAUAUAUGGGACAACUGGACUAAUGGCAUAG